CCUUGGAGAGAACCCCGGGAUCUCGAGGAGUCGUGGGAGGGCGGCGCGGGUCCCUACGCGGGGGUGCUGGCAUAUUCCGAGUGGCGAGGGUAGGGCAGCCAGGCGAUGCGCGGUUGGUGCCCACGCGGCGUUCCCGCCAUCGGAGUCCAUUUUGUACUGUAAGGCGCAGCGUGCUGCAUGAUGCAACACCGAGGGAGGGAUAGUGGGCCACCUGGUGCCUCGGGUCCGGCCGCGGACUCCCGGAGCGCCGCGACCCUCUCCGGUGGUCUAUGGGAAGGGGGCGGGGAGAGGGCACAGGCCGGCGGGAGCACCCGGCGAACUUCCCGGACGCCGCGCGCGGCACGGCACCGCACCCUGCCACGAGGUCCAAGUCGUCCUCCUCCGCGGUGGCCACUCGCCCGGCGUCCCGAGAGGGGUCCCGCGGCAGGUGGCGGGCUGGGGAAAGCGCAGCUCACCCGCGCACGCCGGCCGCCGCGCCCACCGUCCUUCUCCCCAGGAUUUCCCUGACGCGCCCUCGCCUGUCUACACCCUUACCUAGGGCCCCCGGGGCAUUUCUUUUCGGUGAUGUCUCGCCUGGGUGGGCUUUCUUGGGACCCGGCUUGGCCUGAAAAGGCUGAGUUUCUCAAGCAUCGUGGUUUGGAGGGGAAGCAAUUUCUGCCGUCAUCAUAGCGGCGACCAAGUCUUCUCAGCGUGGUGCUUGCUGCGUAGUGGGACCUUCCCAGGCUGUCAGGAGCCUGAAGCCCCCAGCUUAUCCUUCCUGAGACGUCUUUGCUCCAAGACCCAGACAAUUGUCGGGGAACAAGGUGACAAGUCCUUGGAUCACAUUCCAGCAGAUUUAUCAGCAGGAUGGGGUGCAAGGUGCUGUGCAACGUGGGUCAGCAGAUGCUGAGGCGGAAGGUGGUGGACUGCAGCCAUGAAGAGAGCCGGCUAUCCCGCUGCCUAAACACGUUUGACCUGGUGGCACUGGGAGUGGGCAGCACGCUGGGUGCUGGCGUGUACGUCCUGGCUGGAGCUGUGGCACGUGAGAACGCGGGCCCUGCCAUUGUCAUCUCCUUCCUGAUUGCUGCACUGGCCUCGGUGCUGGCUGGCCUUUGUUACGGCGAGUUCGGUGCUCGUGUCCCCAAGACCGGCUCGGCCUACCUCUACAGCUACGUCACUGUCGGGGAGCUCUGGGCCUUCAUCACGGGGUGGAACCUCAUUCUCUCCUACAUCAUCGGUACUUCAAGCGUGGCCAGAGCCUGGAGUGCAACAUUUGAUGAGCUGAUUGGCAAACCCAUCGGGGAGUUCUCUCGGACACACAUGGCUCUGAAACUCCCGGGAGUGCUGGCCGAAAACCCAGACAUCUUUGCUGUGAUUAUAAUCCUCAUCUUAACAGGACUUUUAACUCUUGGUGUGAAAGAAUCAGCCAUGGUCAAUAAAAUAUUCACUUGUGUCAACGUUCUGGUCCUGGGCUUCAUCAUGGUGUCAGGAUUUGUGAAAGGAUCCCUUAAGAACUGGCAGCUCGUGGAGGAGGAUUUCCAGAACACAACUGGUCACUUAUGCGGCAACGACACAAAGGCAGGGAAAUUCGGUUUCGGGGGUUUCAUGCCUUUCGGAUUCUCCGGCGUCCUAUCAGGAGCAGCGACCUGCUUUUACGCCUUUGUGGGCUUUGACUGCAUUGCCACCACAGGUGAAGAAGUCAAGAACCCCCAGAAGGCCAUUCCUGUGGGCAUCGUCGCUUCCCUCCUGAUUUGCUUCAUCGCCUACUUCGGGGUGUCGGCUGCCCUCACACUCAUGAUGCCGUACUUGUGCCUGGACAAGGACAGCCCGCUGCCCGACGCCUUCAAGCAUGUGGGAUGGGAAGGCGCCAAGUACGCAGUGGCCGUCGGCUCCCUCUGUGCUCUGUCUACCAGCCUUUUGGGUUCCAUGUUUCCCAUGCCUCGAGUUAUCUAUGCCAUGGCUGAAGAUGGACUGCUAUUUAAAUUUUUGGCUAAAAUCAACAAUAGGACCAAAACACCGAUAAUUGCCACAUUAACCUCAGGUGCCAUUGCUGCUGUGAUGGCCUUUCUCUUUGACCUGAAGGACUUGGUGGACCUCAUGUCCAUCGGCACUCUCCUGGCUUACUCUUUAGUGGCUGCCUGUGUGUUGGUCUUACGGUAUCAGCCAGAGCAACCUAACAUGGUAUAUCAGAUGGCCAGAACUACAGAGGACCUGGACCAAGUAGACCAGAAUGAAUUGGUGAGCACCAGCGAUUCCCAGACAGGCUUUUUAGCAGAAGCAGAAAGGUUUUCUUUGAAAAGUAUACUUUCACCCAAAAACAUGGAGCCCUCCAGAAUCUCUGGGUUAAUUGUGAACAUUUCAACCAGCCUCAUAGCAAUUUUUAUCAUCACCUUCUGCAUCGUGGCUGUGCUGGGAAAGACGGCUCUCACAAACGGGGAGUUGUGGGCAGUCUUUAUACUCAUUGGCUCUGCCAUCCUCUGCCUAGUGGUCACUGUCAUCAUCUGGAGACAGCCUGAGAGCAAGACCAAACUCUCGUUUAAGGUGCCCUUCCUGCCGGUCCUUCCUGUCCUGAGCAUCUUUGUGAACGUCUAUCUCAUGAUGCAGCUGGACCAAGGCACGUGGGUCCGGUUUGCAGUGUGGAUGCUGAUAGGCUUUACCAUCUACUUUGGCUAUGGACUGUGGCACAGUGAGGAGGCAUCCCUGGCCACUGGCCAAGCAAGGACUCCUGAUGGCAAUUUGGACCACUGCAAGUGACACACAGCCCUGUCCCCCAGAGGUGACAGCAGCCCUGAGGGAUGCCCAUGGAGGACUCAGAAGCACCUCGCUGUCUCCACAAAUGCAAUAGGACCCACCCACGACCACCAGGCUCCAGAGCAGCGAAGGUGCAGUACCUGGACUGUAGCCUCACCCCACAGCGUGGGGCUUGCCCAGUCUUGCUCUGCAGCAGGCUCAUCAGGCCCUGGUCACCUCUGACAGCUCCCUGGCCAGGGCCACUUGGCUCUGGCUGGCCACUGAGCCUCUUAACCUCCCUCUUCACAAAGAAAGAAGCUCCUCUCCUGCUGUGCUGCUAUAGAAUGGAGGUCACCAGGGCUCUGCCGCCAGGCACCAUUCUGGAGUCAAACAUGCACCUACCCCAGACUUGUAGUAGCCAUCUCCCUUCUCAGCCCCAAACAGCCGGCCAUAGAUGCAAGAUGAGUACCACAAAAUAGCACAUCCCCACAGGUUCACCCCAGAGCUGAAGGCCAGCUGUUUACUCAACAAGGAAAAACAUGACUGGUUUCCUUCUCCUGCCCUGCCCUCCAAGUAGCUUCUGGAAGGGGCCUUAGGACUGUGACCCCUUCUCCACUUCCCCUCCAUGUAGGGGCCCUGCUCUGCCUCCCUGACAGGCCCCCGCCCACUCCACCGCAGAAGCGCCACUGUGGGAGCGAGGUGGGGGGCGUCAUCUCCACUCCAGGAUGCGUGUGCACGGGGGCCUCUGUCAGCCACGUGCCCCCCGGCACGGCCUGCUCAUGCUGCUCUGGCGUCUCACCGCUGGCUGUGUGUCCUGAGUAACUGGCAUGUGACACUGUGUUCUUGUACGACCGGCCUCAGAUGAGCAGAGUUCUAAACGCCUUUGUCUGUAGGUUGCUGCCAUUCUCAAAGUCCUGCCCUCUGAUGCUUUCAGGUCAGUGCCUGGGGUCUUAUGAAGUUCCCAGGACAGGUGUCUGCUUGUUCUGAGGUGACAGUGACCAGUCCUUCCAGCCACUUGUGGCCCCUACCAUGAUCUGUUUGACCUGUCUCGUAAGUGUGAUCAAAUUGAGCCCUCCUGUUAGUUUCUGUGAAUCACUCCAGCAAAUUCGUUGGUGCUUAAUGUUAACUUGGAAAAUGGCCAAAUAAUUAAUUACUCGGUGCCACUGGUAUGUUGUUGAGAGUGUGGGGCCCCCACGUGAGACAGUUGGGGUUGUGUGCUGUCCCUCUGGUGUAUUCAUCAUCCAGACACACAGGUUUGUGUAUGGGUUUGUAGCCCUGCCUCGACCCCACGCCUCCAUAAGUCUCUCUACACAGCACACUUCCCCACUCCCGCCCCUGCCCCUGCGGCCUUCCCAGUUGGAAGAAGCCAGAGGAGACAGGAAUGCUAGCCGAGUCCUCCAGUUGGAGUGUAAUUCAGGAGACAGAAGGUUCUGUGUUGAUGGGAGCUGAGGGAGACAAGUAUUUUGGAGUCCACAGAAAAUGUAAAGGCUGCUUUCAAAGCUUAGUUUCCCAUUUCUUCCCUGCCCCCUC